GAUGUUGCCUUUUCCAUACGUGCUCAAAAACAGGCGUCUACGAAGUACAGUCCAUUCUUCCUUAUGUUUGGUCGGCAUCCAAGAACUCCGAUAGAAAUGGAAGAAGAAGAGGAAACUUUGGAAGAGACUGCUAACAAUAAGGAGGAAGCUAUCUUUGAAAGUGAUGCAGACAUGGACAGAAUGGUGGCAAACAGAGAUAGUUUGAUGACACGUGUUGACCAACAGGUUCAGCAAAAUGUUUUAGAAGCCCAAGCCAAGCAACAGAAACAAUUUGCUAAACGGAAAUUAAAAGGGGUCAAAGUUUUUCAGUUUUCCAUUGGUGACCUUGUUCUUCGAAAGGUUAUGAAGAAUGUGGGACGGAAGGGUGGAAAGUUAGAUGCUUUGUGGACUGCCCCUUAUAGAAUUGUUGAUAUUGAUGAUCAUCAGAGGAAAGCUUUAGAGUACCCCGAGACUGGGCAACUCUUAAAGGUGAAGGCACUGUAUCAACAGGUCCGACCACACAAGACUAGCCACCUUCAUGAACCACAAACAGUGGCUCGAGUUUGUGUAGUUUGUGCUGUCUGUUGUAGUUGGUAUAUUUUGUAGUCUGUUAGCUGUACGUCUUAUGUCUUAGUUGUUUUUAUGUUUGCCCCAAGAGGGAAUUGUACCUUUUUAGGUUCGACAGAAAUAUAUCAUUCAUUCAU